UGCAGACUGCUUCUACAAACAUUUGUGAAAGAACUGUACAAUAAGUCCAUCCCUGACAUUUCCUGGCUACUAAAUAUUCCACGCUCAACGGUUAGUGGUAAUAUAACAAAGUGGAAGCAACUGGGAACAACAGCAACUCAGCCACGAAGUGGUAGGCCACGGAAAAUGACAGAGCGGGGUCAGUGCAUGCUGAAGCGCACAGUGCGCAUAUGUUGCCAACUGUCUGCAGAGUAAAUAGGUAAAGACCUCCAAACUUGGUGUGUCCUUCAGAUUAGUACAACAACAGUGUGUAGAGAGCUUCAUGGAAUGGGUUUUCCAUGGCCGAGCAGCUGUAUCCAAGCCUUAUAUCACCAAGUGCAAUGCAAAGCGUUGGAUGCAGUGGUGUAAAGCAUGCCGCCACUGGACUCUAG